UGACACACGAUUUCAUUUUCACGCAAUCACUUUCGAAAACUAAAGCAGACAGUGGUGAAGUUGCUUUUGCGCCCUUCUCAUCUUGACCACGACAGUUUUUUCUGACAGUUAAUUUUCGAAGAAAAGUGCACCGAUUCCAGGACCAAAGAUGAGCCGGGGUUUUCUUGCUUUGACUGGAAUUUUGUUUUCCGGAAACCUGCUGUCAUGUGUUCGCGCGAUGACAUCCGGAGCGAACCAUGAUUCCAGCUUGUUGCAUAACUCUGGGGUCCGUUCCUGGCAGCCGGGAAUGAACGAAUUGCAAAAUGCGGAUGCGGCAGCGGACGAGGAAAAUGUCAAACCGGAUCUGUCGGGCGUCGAUGUAUACUUUGUUUUCGAAUUAGUUGAUGUGCGGGGAAAAACCCUGACACUGAAACUGAUGCCAAAUUCUGCGAUUGUAAAUGAGUGCAAAUCUAAUUGCCUUGCUCGGGGACAGAUACAAAAGGUUCUUUUGGAUCUUCUUCAAAUUAAAAGUAUGUUGAAAUUUUAACACUUCUAGGCGUCUGCUGCGUCGGGAGACUCGGAAUCAGAUUCGCCUGCGGAGCAAGAAGUUUCCUCCGCGAAUGUCGUCGCUGAUUCUCCCGAGGAAGAGGAAAGCAAAACCUCGUUCCAAGAAGCAGAGCGAGGGUUUGUGUGGAAGCGCGUGACCGCCGAGCCAUUGAACGCCAAGUAUUUGCUUUGUAAUUUUUUUGAUGCGAUUUUGAUUUCUCAUGAACAGGAUCAGAUGUGUUUCAGCCACAAAUCGAAUAUAUGUACGAAGCAUGCCGAUAAAAACGCCGCUCUUUCAGAUACGGCAUCACCUAUGGUGGGUGGAAACACGUUUUUUUCGGUGUGCUCGCUUUUGCGCUCCUGGUUUUGAUCGAGAGCGCCUGGCGACGGUCCGUUCAGCAGCUCAAACUCGAGGCCAUGCAGCGGGAAGUGGACGAUCUCAAGGCGAAGGUGAGUCGAAAAGGCGAAGACAGCCCGCGCAUGGAAGAUGUGCGCUUCCGCCUGCAUCCCGAGGGCAGCGGCGUCUACACCCCGGAUUUGCUGCAGACCAGCGACAUCAGCGCCUCCGCGAGCGAGUGCAUCUGACUGUCUUGUUGUCACCGAAUCGACAGGAAAAUUUUCGCGUUCGAAAAGCAGCGCACCCUUGUACCAACUGCUAGUACGAAUCAGAGUCUUAGCCUUUUGUACCAAAAUCAAUGAUCUUUUGUAUCUAGUAUUCCACCUAGGACCUAGAGGAUUAAUUCUGCGUAGACUGAAUCAAUUGUUACUUCGUGAAUAUUGUAUGUACCUCGUAGGAGAAUUUGCCUCGCUAUAGACCUCGAUUUGUAAAAUUUGAUGAAAACAUGCACAAGCGCGUAUCGGCAACGGCAGGUAUAGCAAGGUGCAGACAGAGUGAUGUGUAUGAUGAUGCGAGACGUAACUAACGCUUCCUCAAGCAAACAGGAUGUGACACUACUACCACCCCUAAUUCAAAGCGACAAAAGAACAUUGUACUAAGUAUGCGAGCCUUUCGUUGUUUUCAAGCUACUUUAGAAAUUGAUGAUUCGUCGUCACUUUACUUUGCCAGGCGGAAACCCAUGCAAAAGGGCCGAUGCCAUAUGCUCUAGCUCUUUCAGCGUCGCUUUCCAAGGAGGUUUGACUCUGCAG